AAUAACCACGACCGCUGCGGCUAACUCCCACCAAAGCGCUACCCCCUUCCUCUCCACUGCGCAGCGGUCGAUCGGCCGCCAGCCAUGACCCCGACGGCGCGGCACCUCGUCGACGAGAUCCUAGAGGAGAUCUUCCUCCGCCUGCCCACCCCGGCCGCGCUCGCCCGCGCCUCAACCGCCAGCCCCCGUUUCCGCCGCAUCAUCACCGAGCGCGCCUUCCUCCGCCGUUUCCUCGCCCUCCAUCCGCCGCCACUCCUGGGGUUCGCAGCUGGCGUAGGUGGCUUCUACCCGGCCCAGGAUCCCCACCCCUCCGCCCCGCUCGCGCGCGCCAUCGUCGACGCUGCGGAUUUCACCUACUCCUUCGUCCCCAAGGCCAAAAGCUGGUUCGGCCACUGGCAUCCCUGCGACGCCCGCGACGGCCGCCUCCUCCUGGAGGCCAGCUACCGGUUCGAUCUCGAGACGAUCCCGAGCCACGCGGUGUGCGAUCCCCUGUCACGGAGAUACGUGGUGCUUCCAGCCAUACCCGAGGAAACGACCAUCCCGCAGGAGCGUCUCUUUGAGUUCCGCUCUAUCCUCGCCCCAAUAGCCGAGGACGAGGACGAGACGUCGUUCAAGGUGAUCUUCAUGGCGAACUACAAAAGCAAGCUGCUUACCUAUGUAUUCUCUUCUGUUACUCUGCAAUGGUGUGUAGCUGCAUCCAUCAGCUGGGGUUCUUUGGGCACAGCUGAUCCCUAUUUGGCCAGGCCCCUUUGCAACAACCUACACAGCUUCUUCUACUGGGACGCGGAUUGGCGCGGGAAGCUGUUUGUGCUAGACACGUGCAGGAGGGAGUUUUACAUUGCCAACUUUGCCGCGGGUAACCAUCGGCAGCUUCUAAAUAAGCGUGGACACGGUAUGAUCAGGUCUUCCAUUGCUGUGGGUACAGACAGAGCCCUUGAGAUGUUUUCUCUCAUUGGUGAUUACGGUUCAGAUGCCUUGUAUGGUCUCUAUCAUACCACUCAGCAGAAUGACGGUGAAUCUUUCAACGAAUGGCAGCUAAAAAAUGUUGCAGCAUUGCCUCGCGGAUGUCUCUAUGAUACUGUGGGUGCAACCGAGGGAUUCAUGGUCCUUCGAGGCUAUCAGGAGCCUCAUCAUGGUUUGCCUGGGAAUCGGGAUGUAGAAGAUUUAUUUUCACUGGAUCUCAAGACUUCUGAACUUACAAAGGUCUGCAGAGUAGCACCACAGGAUCCUACCAGGCGUGUUUGCUCGUACUUUGGCUUCCCACCAUCAUUAUCGAAACCAAGUCUAUGAACUACAAAGUGGUAUGAACUAACUUUGCUGCUCUUGGGGUCUCUUGUUUGGGGGCAUAUCAUCCAUGUGUCGACGGAAGAUGGUCCUGACAAUAUGCUGUCUCAAUGAUACAGUACUCAAGUCUUGGUGUUAAUUAUCAGAAAUCGAUUGUCAUGUACUUCGCUGGGGCUGUGUUAGGCGUGUUUAAGCAAGACAUGCUACUGUAACCAAGGUGACUUUGUUUUACCACUAAUUCGUAAGAGACAUACUGUUGCUUUGUGCCGGGAGAUUGUCCAUGACCUAGAAGACAGUGAUGGUGGUGCGUUUUGCUCAGUUGCCACUAUGCUUAUUGUUGUACGAAUCCUGGUGCCUGCGGCCAAGUUAUGCCCUGCUUUCAUGUUUGUGAUCUA